CAGUUCUGUCGCCAUCUACUGGACUAAGCGCGCGACACUCACGAGCCGUCAACACGCGAUGUUUUGUCGCAAAUCAGGAACUGUCGUGAAAGAACUUUUGCUUAGCGGUAGCUGUACACAGAUACACGUGUAUCCAGAGGCGUCGUGAAGAUACAUUUUCCAUCAGGAUGGCGAAGAGUUUACGCAGCAAGUGGAGGAGGAAGAUGAGGGCGGAGAAAAGAAAGAAAAAUGCCCCCAAAGAACUGGCACGACUCAAAACAGUGCUGGGUCAAGGAGAGAAAGGAGAGAUCACCAUGAAAGAUGUAGCUGAGAUCGCCACCGUGGUGCCGCCUGAGAAAUUGAAGGAGAAACCAGGAGAUGCAGAGAUGUGUGAAGAAGAUGCAGAUGGUGAAAAGAUGAAUUUGGACAUUAAACGCAAUAAAAAGACAAUGUUGGACGAUCAAGGACAGUAUCCGGUCUGGAUGAACCAAAAGGAGGCGAGGAAGGUGAAAGCCAAACGUUUGGGUAAAAAAGGAAAACCUAAGCUGAAGAAGGGUCUCGCCUGGUAGAUGAACUGACCUGCUUGAGCAUGGACAUUAUUACAGUAACAGCUGUAUAGGAGCCUCACUGUGCAUCAUUUUCAUGUACAGUUUGUACGUUUCUAUGGACUUUUCAUGCAACCUCAUGCAGAAGAAUUCAGUGUAAAUUUGUGAAAUGUAAUGCCGAUUUGUUGGUGACAGACACUGCGAUGUGAUGGAUGAUUGAACGUCAUGUUCAAGGUGCUUCAGUUCACUAGCUAAUGUGGUGGGGGAAGAGUAAAAAACGUGCAUUCAGCGUACUACACGACUGACUCUUCCAGUAAAAUAAAGUCUUUCUCUACUUCAAUCCAUGUCACUCUGUGGGUCUGCUUUACUUUGAAGUUGUGGAGUAUUUUUGUUGCAGACAGAAUAAUUAUAGAUGUGCAUCAUUUUUUUUAUCUUAAUAAAAAUCCAAUAUAACUCA